GGCCACCGACGCACGAGAGGCGAGCAAGGGCUCGCUGCUGACUCGCUCGUCGUCAGGCGUACGUGAUGGGCCAAGCAAGUCAGAGGCGAGCUCAAGCAGCGUGUCGUUGUCGCGCAAACGGGCGAGGGCCGAGCCACCGAGCCCGGCGGCGGCGGCGGCGGCGAUGGCGGUCGUGCUUCAGCCGUCUGGCGAUGAGCCCAAACCGAACCCAGCGAAGAAGGCGCGACUGCUGUCGUCGGCGCACACUAAGUCGCGUGUCGAGUCGCCGCUCGAGCUGGUGUUCACCGCAGGCGGCGGCGAGGAGGACGAGGACGCCGAUGCCGAGUCUGCAGCCGCUGCUGCGGUAGCCGCUGCGGCAGCUGGUACCGGGGUGGGCGGAGUGGGCGGAUCGUCGCCGUCGCCAUCGCCGCCGCCGCAGCGUGUGGCCCAGCGCGAGAGUGCAGGUGCGGGAGCGGGCCGCAAGCCGACGGCGCGGAUCACACCGCGGGCCGCGAUGCUGCGGGCGGCGGCAGCAGCACGGUCGGGCAAAGGAGGCGCUGCGCGACGGGUUGGUGGGCGCAAGGUGCCACCGCGGCGCAAGUUUGUGGCCGACGAGCUCAACGAGCUGGCCAAGGUGUUCAAGGAAAUGGAGGCGUCGCUAAUGGCGAUGAAGCUACAGCGGCGUGGCGCGUCACGGUUUGAGCUUGGAGCUGUGGGCAUGGUUUCGAUUUCGUUGAGCGUGGCGCGAUUUACCAAGAUUGUGGCGCUGGUGCCGGACAUGUACGGCUCGAUCGUGCGGGGUGAGACGACGAAGAGCAAUGUGUCCGGCAUCUCAUUUGCGCUUGCCGGACCCAGCGCUGGGCCAGUCCGGCGCGCCAAGUUUGAAGCUGUACUGAUGCAGCUGGACAAGGCCGUGGCGCUCGGCGGGCGUGACGUGUACCCGGGCGGAGUGGCGUCGAUGAUCGAGGCCCGGGUCGAUGCGCUCCCGCACGCAGUCAAGAGCGUGCUCAGGGUCGGUGCGGCACCGGCAUCGCAGAAGAACUCGCUCUCGCUGGCGACCACGCCGCAAUCUCCGUUCUCGGUCCAUUCUCGGGUCGCGUCACGCAUCGGCGGCGGCAGCAGGUCUGUUGCGGCGGCGUCUGGCAAGGCGAGCAAAGAGGCGGCGAGGAGUACAUCCGCAGUGACGGGCGAGGCGUCGCUGGCGGCACGAAUUGCGGCGCGCGAGAAGGCCAACCUGCAGGCGGCACAGGCGGCGACCAAGGAGAGCAUGUUCUCGAUCCGGCGGCUGCGACAGUGCGCCCAGUUCCUGGUGGUCAAGUUUGCGGCCAAGUCGGCGCUGCCGCUCCGCGGCAUUGUCGACGCCGGGAUUUUCACUUUUCGGAACCAGUACGCGGUGAGGUACGAGACGUCAUCAUUUGCACGACUGCUCAAUGAGCUCACUACCGCGUUGCCUCCCGGUGCGCUGAGCGUCGAGAGCGUGUCCGGCAUCCGCUAUCUACGGGUGGAUGACAAAUCAGCGUUGCGCGCGUUUGGCAGAUUGUGAGCGCAUGUGUUCAAUAAUUGAAUUACGCCAAAAAA